GAGUGUAUGCCAUCCUGUCACACACUCACCUUGCGCAAACACCAUCAUCGGCUCAUCGCACGCACGGUUAGUUAGCUCUCGACCUGAGCUAGCCUACGGUACGAUGGGGAAGUUUGACGAUGGUCUCUUAGGGACUAAGGGUGACGAGGGGUGGGUCGCCUGGACUUCGGGGUUGUUGAGAGGCGCGGUAGCCUGGGUAAAGCCCGCAGCCAAGGCUCGUAAUCCGCACAACGAAGUCCACCGGCCGGAUCGACAGCGGGUGGAGCCCACCGCUCAGGCGAAGACAGACAAGAAAAGCGAGGACACUACCAACACUGCUGGCUGCUCCUGCACACGCUGCUCGUACUGCAAGAAGAAAGAUCCAACAAGUCGUCAACAGCAGCAGCACAAGCCCAGCCCUGCUCAGCAGCAGAAACCCGCAAAAAAAGGGUGAACAGUGAAAACGGUGGCGUGAAUCAGGUUGUCAAUUUUAUGCUUCGCCGAUCGUAAGCAACAACACAGGAAAUUUCCUACCGUAGCUUUUUGAUUGGCCCGUAGGCCACGGUGUAAUGGUUUUACCAACGAAAUGUAAUAAAGAAAUAAACAGUAUGUGUGUCCUCACUUUGUUGUUCAA